AUGGUACCAAAGUUUUACGGUCCCAAACAAUUAUUCAAACAAAAGCCAAUUCGUGCAGAAUUUAGUUACGAAAUAAAAAAUGAAAAUUUUUGUUCAUCCGUAAAACCUCAUGCUCUUAUAUUUGUUGUUUCAAAAUCAAGUAACUAUGAUUCACGAAAUGCUAUUCGUCGUACAUGGGGUAAUUUUGCUCUUAAUAUUAUAGAUAUUGCUCUUAUGAAUAUGGCAAAUAAUCAAUUAAAACUUGAAUAUAACUAUUCAGAUACAUCAGCAAUUAUUUAUGGUAUUGAAAUUCGAAAUGCUUAUGUUGUUCGAAAUUCUAAUGAUCAACAUCUAGUAAAUACAUGUUAUAUUGUAACUGAUGAUGAAUAUCCAUGUAAAAAUUAUCCUCUUUAUAUGAGUGGUUUUGGUUAUAUUGUUAAUCAUAAUGCACGUUUAAAACUUCUUUGUACUUUUUUCGAAUUAAAAAACUUUUUCAUAUGUCUGAUUCGAACACAUGCUGAUAAUUAUGGAUAUGAAUCAUCAUUACAUAAUAAUAAUAAACAAAUUGAUAUAUUUGAACGUUUCAAUACAUAUUGGUAA